GCGGCAAUGAGGUAGCUCCACCAUUCAAAUACCCAAAUACCCCACUAUACUAAGCAGAUCUAAUUCCGGAACAUAGCUUAUUUCUCAACCAAAAUGACUGAAAACCAUAAGUUCCAACUGGGGACAAUUGGUGCUUUGAGUUUAUCGGUUGUCUCCUCUGUUUCCAUUGUUAUAUGCAAUAAGGCUCUUAUCAGCACUCUUGGUUUCACAUUUGCCACAACUUUGACAAGUUGGCAUCUCCUGGUCACGUUUUGUUCUCUUCAUGUGGCCUUAUGGAUGAACUUGUUUGAGCACAAGCCUUUCGAUGCCACAGCUGUCAUGGGAUUUGGUAUUUUGAAUGGGAUAUCCAUUGGGCUUUUGAAUCUUAGUUUGGGUUUCAAUUCUGUUGGUUUCUACCAGAUGACAAAAUUGGCAAUUAUCCCCUGCACUGUUCUUUUGGAGACCCUUUUCUUUAGGAAGAAAUUCAGUAGGAAUAUCCAGCUUUCAUUGGCCAUUCUUCUUCUAGGUGUUGGAAUUGCAACUGUGACUGAUCUUCAGCUCAAUCUCCUGGGUUCUAUCCUUUCUUUGCUGGCAGUUAUUACGACAUGUGUAGCUCAAAUCAUGACUAAUACCAUUCAGAAGAAGUUUAAAGUAUCUUCAACACAACUUCUCUACCAGUCUUGCCCUUAUCAGUCUAUAACUUUGUUCAUCGUUGGUCCAUUCUUGGAUGGGCUUUUGACUAACCUGAAUGUUUUCGCUUUCAAGUAUACCCCUCAAGUGCUGUUCUUCAUUGUUCUGUCCUGCCUGAUAUCUGUCACUGUCAACUUUAGUACAUUUCUGGUGAUUGGAAAGACAUCCCCGGUCACCUACCAAGUCCUAGGACACCUGAAAACAUGCCUUGUUUUGGCCUUUGGUUAUGGUCUACUUCAUGAUCAAUUUAGCUGGCGUAACAUUAUGGGGAUCUUGAUUGCUGUAGUUGGAAUGGUCCUAUACUCAUAUUAUUGCACUGUUGAAAGCCAGCAGCAGAAGGCUAGUGAAUCAUCAGCACAAUUGCCUCAGGUUAAAGAAAGUGAAUCUGAUCCAUUGAUUAUUGCAGAUAAAGGAAGUGAGAUCAUGAGUGAAUCUGAUCCAAAAGCUCCUGCAUGGAAUUUGAAAAGGGAUCUAGAUGCAUAAAAUCUUCCAAAUCUUAAAAAAUUGUAUUCAAUUUUGGUAGAUGAAACAUUAGUGUCGCAAGUUUUGCAGCUGUGGUAGUAAUAGUUCGGGUUAUUUCGGAGAUGACGGCAAUGACAACGUUGUAUAGAAUGUUAGUGUUGGAGAGUGGAAGGAAGGCAAAUGCGUAAUGACAGUAGCAAUUUCGGCUGAUGGUUGUAUUAUCAGGCUUAGGCGUGGGAGUGGAAAGCAUGCCCGAACUUGGCUUUGUUAAAUUCUUUAGUACAAUCUUUUACCAAGCAUGCCUUGUGCAUGCAGUUACUAUUCUGUUUAAUUAGAAACAUUCUACAAUUUUGAAGAAAUGAAGGCUUAUUCUCAUUCUAUUUUAUUUAUAGAA